AUGGCUGAGGAAAACAAUUCAGAUGUCAAAGAGGUUGAGAAGUGUGUCGGCACAAAUCCUCCAGUGAUGUCCGAAGAAGAGAUUGACAAGUGUGUCGAACCAAAUACUCCGGUGAUGUCUGAAGAAGGAUCUGUGGGAACAGUAAUUAUAAAGGAUGUGGAAGAUGUUACAUCUGUGGUGUCAUCAAAGGGUCAAGAAGAGUGUACAUCAGAGACUAAUGAAGUGCCGCCCAAGCCACAAGUUGCAAAUGUGAGACGACAUUCGACCGGAACGAUUGGUACACGAGCUGGUAAACUUCAGGUUCAGUCUCGUUACCGAGGGAAUCAUCAUGUGCCUUCGAGACAUGAACACUGUAAACACGGCGGGAACAAGAGGUGUGAUGGUCAAGAUAAUGCGGUGAAAGUGAAACCAUGGAAGAUGGCGAGGAGGAAGAGUGUUGAUGAAGUCUCUAAAGUGGUAAAGGUUGAGACUUCAAGUUUGACUAGGAAGUCCUUGGGAAGUGUGACUAGACAGAUUCCGGUCAUUACCAAACCGGAGAGUUCUCAGGCUGGAAAGAGAGAUGUCUUGGCUGUGAAGAAAAAACCAUGUGCUUCUGUGAAAUCAGAGUCGUCUAGCGUUAAAGAUGAAAGUGAGAUGGCGAAAGAAACUAGGAAGAAGAAAGAAACUCAGAGUGGUUCUAAAAAUGUGUCUGGCUUGAGGAAUGAGAAGUCAAAUUCUGCUGUGAAGAAAGUCUCAAGGAUAAGUGACGGUGAAAGUUCUAAAGUCUCUGCUCCAAAGAAUAAGGAGAAGGCAAUUAGCGGUGAAGAUGUAAAAGAGAAGACUGUGUGUGUUGUUGAAUCUAGCGUCAAAGGUGUUAAGAGCGAGAAGCAGCCAACAACCAUGAGAAGUGGACAUAAAAGCUUGAAUGGUUCUAAACAGAUUCCUGGUACAAUCAGUAGUGGUUUGACUAAGAAGAAGGAAAGUGUUGCUGAAGAUCUUAAAGGGAUAAAUACAAAGCCUGAGAAGAAGAUUAGGGCUAAGAAGACAGGAGUAAAAGUGACUACACCUAAGCAGCUGAGUUUCAAGAAAGGAAAGACUCUUGAGCUGAAACCUGAGAGUUCAUCUCCGAGAUGGCACAAGUUCAGAAGGAGGGCUGUGCAAGAACAAAAACCCCAAACCGAAGGGAGGAAGAAGGUUCUGAAAGAAGUUGUUGUGACGAAAAGUGAUGCUUGUGAAGGAAGUAAACGUGCCAAGGUUGUUCUAAAGCAUAGAAAAGUAGAAGGGAAGAAGAAGAUGGUAACACUGUUCAACAGUGUGAUUGAGGAGACGUAUAAUAAGUUGACAAAAGUGAGGAAACACAAAGUGAAAGCUCUUAUUGGUGCUUUUGAAACUGUUAUCUCUCUUCAGGAUGCCAAGACAAAACCUCAGAGCAAGGCCACAACAUCUGCGUCUCAGGUUAGUCCUUUAAGUUCCGAACAGUGA